UGUCAGCCUGAUUGUCCAAUAUUUCUUACUUCAAGUGGAACACCAGUUUCGAAGAAAGCCAGUUUGACAGUAGGACCAAAUGGUCCCAUAUUGCUUCAAGAUUUUGUCUUUUUAGAUGAACUAUCGCAUUUUAAUAGAGAAAGGAUUCCGGAACGUGUAGUCCACGCUAAGGGAGCUGGUGCAUUUGGUUAUUUCGAAGUUACCCAUGACAUUACGAAAUACUCUAAAGCAAAAGUUUUUUCCUCAAUUGGAAAACGAACUCCUAUUGCCGUAAGGUUUUCCAUUGUGAGUAGUGAAAGUGGUUCUGCAGAUACUGGCAGAGAUCCUCGUGGUUUCGCAGUUAAAUUUUACACCGAGGAGGAUGUUUGGAAAAUUGGUAAAUGGAUUUGGAUUGGUCGUGUCGCGCGCGAUAAAAGAUAUAAGGUUCUUUUUUUUUUUUUUUUUUGGUAA